AUGGUCCAGAUUAGCGAGGUCAAGGGAAACAAGCGGGACAACCGCACGGCGGCCCACACCCAUAUCAAGGGACUCGGCCUAAAAUCUGAUGGAACUGCGGAGAGGCAAGCUUCUGGCUUUGUGGGGCAGACAUCAGCUCGAGAGGCAUGCGGUGUAGUCGUCGAUCUCAUCCGAGCGCACAAGAUGGCCGGCCGCGGCGUCCUACUAGCGGGCGGUCCCGGAACCGGCAAGACGGCCCUCGCUCUCGCCGUAAGCCAGGAGCUAGGAACCAAGAUCCCCUUUUGCCCCAUCGUCGGCAGCGAGAUCUACUCGAGCGAAGUCAAGAAGACCGAAGUCCUCAUGGAGAACUUCCGGCGCGCCAUCGGCCUCAAGGUCCGCGAGACGAAGGAAGUGUAUGAGGGCGAGGUGACGGAGCUGACUCCCGAGGAGGCCGAGAACCCACUCGGCGGAUACGGCAAGACCAUCAGCACUCUCUUGAUCGGGUUGAAGAGCGCCAAGGGCCAGAAGAAAUUGAGGCUCGACCCGAGCAUAUACGAGGCUAUCCAGAAGGAGAGGGUGACGGUCGGUGAUGUCAUUUACAUUGAGGCGAACACGGGCGCGUGUAAGAGGGUCGGUCGCUCGGAUGCUUAUGCUACUGAGUUUGAUAUCGAGGCGGAGGAGUAUGUGCCUAUCCCCAAGGGCGAGGUGCAUAAGAAGAAGGAGAUUGUGCAGGAUGUUACGCUCCAUGAUCUCGAUGUUGCCAAUGCUAGGCCUCAGGGUGGCCAAGAUAUCAUGAGCAUGAUGGGUCAGCUCAUGCGGCCUAAGAUGACGGAAAUUACGGAUAAGCUGCGGACGGAGAUCAACAAGGUCGUCAGCAAGUACAUCGAUCAAGGUGUUGCGGAGCUAGUUCCCGGUGUUUUGUUCAUUGACGAGGCUCACAUGCUCGACAUGGAGUGCUUCACAUAUCUCAACCGCGCUCUUGAAUCCCCUAUAGCGCCCAUCGUCAUCCUCGCCUCCAACAGGGGAAUGUGCACCAUCAGGGGAACGGACGAUAUUGUGGCCGCCCACGGCAUCCCCCCCGACUUCCUCGCCCGACUCCUCGUAAUCCCCACCACUCACUACCAGCCCGACGAGAUCAGGCGUAUCAUCAAGAUUCGCGCGACGACCGAGGGCGCAUCCGUUACGGAUGGCGCGGUGGAGAAGAUUGCUGAGCAUGGAGAGCGCGUCAGCUUGCGAUACUGCUUGCAACUAUUGACACCGGCCGGAAUUCUUGCCAAGGCCAAUGGCCGCUCUCAAAUCGACGUUCAGGACAUUGCCGAGUGUGCGGAUAUGUUCCUUGAUGCUAGGCGAAGCGCGUCGCUGUUGGCCAGCGAGGCUGGCAAGGGCUACAUUUCGUGA